AUGCGACGAGAGAUCUUUAUCCCACUUUUGGCAACCAAGCUCUCUGGUGCUGCUUUUGCGACGGAGCAGGGGCUUCGCCGGUCGCAACAAAGGAAGGGAGUAAAAGAAGACGAGAAAGGGGGAGCGGAGCAUCGCCAAGGGCAAGGCUCCAGCCAGCCUCUGAAGCGCUCCACCCUCGACAAGAAGAAGCCUGAUGGUGGCAACCCAUCCGCUUCCCGCGGCGGCGAAUGCGCCCGGAACAAGACCAACAAGUACUUCCACCGCAUCGUCAACUCCUGCCUCAACGCCUCUACCUCGCUCCGCCACCUCACAGCUACUAAGGAAUGUGCCCAUGAGGCCAAGCGCGAGAAGCUCGGCCUCAUGUCCCAGGAGCGCCAGCGCGAGAUCGACCAGGAGAAGGCCCGCACCGAGGCCGGCGGUGCCGCCCUUGAGGAGGAGCUGGUCAUCAUGGGGGCUCCACGGCUGGAUCUUAUUGUUGAAUUAAAUUAA